AGCGUGCUAGCUUGUGCAACCCUCCAUAGACGGAUUUCGUUCUUCAUCUUACCAUAGGGAAUGGGAAAUUGGGCAGGAGGUCCCCUGGGGUUUGUGCUGUACCUUUAUCUUCUUUAACAAGUCGCAGUCUUGGUGUUGUACUCUUCCUUUUCAUCUGUAGUCUUUUGUUCGUCGCACCGCAUUCUUUGCCGAGUUCGUCCCAAGUCUUCCCUUCAGGAGAGAGAACUUAUAACCCCUAUCUGUCGCCGGCCUAGAGUACGUGUGAGCAGAGUUCUUGGGGACACCCAACCAGCAACAUGCCCGUGAAUACCGCGACUGUGGGCAUGGCGGUCACGCCAACAGUAUUGUCCACGUUCAUAUCGCAUUACUUGAACCGCAAGCCUCUGAGAGAGCGUCCCACGGCCCAUCUGUCGUACGAUGAAGGCCUACAUUUGAUCCGAUCUUUUCUCACCUUCGCAUCGCACCACACAGUUGAGGAGCUCCAGGCAUUCACGGCCCAAUGGGUUCCGCAUCCGCAAUGGGUGAAAGUCGACGAUGUCGAAAUACCGCAAGAGAAGAUAGAUGAAGCCGCCGAUGCCAUUGAAAAGCAGCUCGGGCCGGACGGCAUUAGACAGGUCGGUGGCAGAAAGUGGUGGCAGUGGCGUCGUCCAGACACCCCACUGGCGGCAGAAUGGAUUGAGAUGAAGGCCGACUAUCAUGAGCGAAAGAAGAACAACGACCUGGGCAGGCGAGUCAUGCUUUAUGUCCAUGGAGGUGCCUACUUUUUCGGCUCCGUGGACGAGCAUCGUUAUCAGAUGCAACGACACGCGCGCAAGCUCAAGGCCAGAGUGUUUGCCCCGAAAUAUCGUCUAAGCCCCCAAUUCCCAUUUCCAUGCGGUCUUCACGACUGUCUUGCAGCCUAUCUCUACCUUCUUACCGUCCAGGAUCCAACAACAAUCAUCCUAGCUGGAGAUUCCGCCGGAGGAGGUAUGGUUUUGAGCUUACUGGUGGCGAUCAGGGAUAGAGGUCUACCCUUGCCGGCUGGCGCUGUGCUUAUCAGUCCGUGGGUUGACUUGAGUCACUCGUUCCCCAGCGUAGCUGGAGAUGCACCACUGGAUUAUAUUCCCCAAAACGGUUUCCAUCACAAGCCCUCGAAAGCUUGGCCGCCCCUGAACGCAGAAGAGCAUGCUAUACUUCGGGAACAGAUCGAGAAGAACACGCAACCUGGCCACACAAAGCUCAUAAAACCGGCGUCGGUUGAGAUGCAACGCCUCUCUCAGAAUGUGGAUGGGCUGGCACAUCAAAGAAACAGCGAAGCUGCUGAUAAGUCUGCGCGUCCAAAGAACUAUAACCAACCCCCACUGUCCAUUGAGCUUGACGGCAAGACAGUGUACCUGAAGGAUCAAAUUCAAAUGUACACUACAAACGAACUGCUGGCGCAUCCUAUGGUCAGCCCUAUUAUGCAGCCAACACUCGGUGGCCUGCCACCGUUGCUCAUCAUGGUUGGGGGUGGGGAAAUUCUGAGAGAUGAGCAGAUCUAUCUGGCACACAAAUGUGCAAAUCCUCAGAAGUACACACCUGCAAGCGAAUUAAUGCACGAGUCAGCCAGAGCGCAACUUGCAAGAUUCAAGCCGACUGAUGUGCAACUGCAAGUGUGGGAUGAUCUAUGCCAUGUCGCCCCAACGCUCAGUUUCACGCGGCCCGCCAAGUUCAUGUACAGAUCAAUCGCUCAGUUUUCUGCGUGGGCCCUUGCACGAGCGCAAAAGAGGGAAAUCGACAUUCUCGACGACGAUGAUAUUUCCAUCAUCUCAAGUUCCGGAUCAGAUAGCGAUGGGCCGAGUAGGAAAUCCAAGAAGCCGGGAUUUCAGGAGUCUCUCCGUACUCCGGUGGUUGGCAGAGCAGGCGAUGAAUUACCACCAUUCCAGAACCAUAUGAUCAGGCAGCAAAUCAGCAGACACGGGACCGUAACCCCCCUGGUUCCAGAGGAGCAGUUGAUCGCGUGCAAUAUGCGGCCCGAAGAGAUUGGUGUUAUAAAAGAAGGUCCAGUCAGGAAAUGGCUUACUACGCGCAGUCAAUGGGACAAUCGAUUCGGCAGUGCUAGAGCUAAGAUCCACAAAAGACGACUCAAGGAGAUGAUGGCUGGAUAUGAGCAUUUCCAGGGGGAAACACCACCGCCGAGUGCCCUCGCCGGGCGUCGGAAGAUGGGAGAUGAGCUUGACGACCACAAGAAGCGCAAAAGCAUGGGUCUUUCUCUAUGGUCACUGUGGGGUUCGAAGCAUGACGAAAAAACUACAAACCGCGAACAGGAAGCCGACAGGGCCCCAGAGAUCAAGGUCGCCAAGGAGGCGGAAGGUGCUGGUGCACGAAGCCAUGCGGAUAUCGAGAGGCAGGAAAAGAAAAUGGCUGGUAGACCCAACCUAUUGACCAGCCGCAGCCGAUCGAGAAGACGUAUGGUCAAAGACGGGAAUCAAAUUGUUGAUGAUAACAGCCCUACAGCUCAAGAAUCCACUGCACUCGUAGCCCUGAUGGCCAAGCGGACAGCCGGCCAAUCGAUUGGCGAGACUAACACUACAUCGACGGACGGUCUUCUUACUCCCAAUUGUUUGCCACCAGACACCGGUGCUACCGGAAAAAGACCCAUGGUUGAGGGCAUUGCGGUGCCCUUCACCCUGAACAAGGAGGCCGAAACGGCGAGCAUGAUCACACUUACGUCAAAUAUUGACGGGAUCCCUUCCCGUGUCGCCAGUCCCAUAAUGUCGAACGAGCAACCAGAUUACUUAGCAGCUACUAGCACUACCACAGUAGCUGAUGGAAUGAAGAAUGGGGCCGCUACUAUCGAGCCGGAGAGCCCACAAACACCAAGACCAUCUAGCCCCAAUGUUGCCGUUCUAGAUGAUAUCACCGAAGGAGAUCCCGUUACUGCUGGGACCCCGCGAUCAGCUAUUCCAUCUGCUGCGCCAAAGACUUUGAGCCCUGGAUAUACUCCUCUGGCUGAGGGCGCUAAUAGACUCGAUGCUGAGCCUACAAUCAUGGCUGGUGGCGUGCUGAUAAACGCAGCACGGCCACCGCUCGAAACAUUCGUGACAGCAAGGGAGGAGCUGCCUAGGGCGCAGUGAUCUCGAUGCCUGACCGGAGGUUUUCUUUGUAAUUCCGCGAAAAAGAGGUUAGAAAGGGAAGGGCUUCUCA